AUGGGAGCUUCACAUUCGGUGAUCACGGCACUUCAGUCACUUUUAAAACAGCAUGAACUAAAGCUUUCAAAAAGAACGUUGGAAGGAUUUGUUACGGAAAUUGAUCUCAUUGCUCCCUGGUUUGUAUGUUUAGGGUCGCUGAUGCUUGCUUCCUGGGAUAAGCUAGAAGGUGAUUUACGGAGGGAGGAAGAAGAUGGAAAGCUAAAAGUUGGAACUAGGUCAUUGUGGAUUUUAGUAAAAUCUUGCUUAGAAGAUAAGAAAUGCCGCUUAUCUGUGGCGGCUGGCCAAGGGGUGUUAGAGGAAAUACAAGACAGCAUGUCAGAAACAGAACGGGAUAAAAGGUUAGGGGCCCUUAAAGAAAAAGAAAGAGACGUCUCUAAGAAAAAAGGCCCUUCUGUGGACGGUAAGUCCACAGACAGGAUAGACAAGGGAAAGGACGCCCUGGGAGAGAAAGGUGAGAAGGGAAAGAAAAACCCAAAAAAGAAGCCUCUUUAUCCAAUAAAAGAAUUGGAGGCUUUGGGGCUUGAUAGUUCUGAAUCUGAGGAGCUGAGUCCCUCUGAGGAAGAGGACUUAGAGGAGGAAAUGGCUUGCUAUGAGGAAGAGAGGUACCACCCUGAUGAGCAGCCGUUACCACCAAAUCGAGAGCAAAAGAGGGGAGGAGCUGGAAUUCGCGGGGCUUUCCCAUUGACCCCUAGUGCCCCUCCACCUUAUGUUGAGAGGCACGGUUUAGAUUCCUUCUUUUAGAAAAGGGAUAAAAGGAAGCUUUUGCAGGCCUUCCCUGUAUUUGAGGCCGCGGAAGGGGGCCGUGUUCAUGCACCGGUAGAAUAUCCCCUUGUUAAAGAACUUGCUGAAUCGGUUAACAAAUACGGGGUAGAUGCUAACUUUACAAUCAUGCAGCUUGAAAGACUUGCUAGCAUGGCCAUGACUCCAAAUGAUUGGCAAAUUACCAUAAAAGCUGCUCUCCCUAAUAUGGGACAGUACUUAGAAUGGAAAGCCUUGUGGCAUGAUGCUUCCCAAACUCAGGCAAGGGCCAGUGCCCAUGCAGAAGACAAUCAGCGGCAAUGGACAUUUGAUUUGCUAAUGGGGCAAGGCCAGUUUGUUCAUAAUCAAACAAAUUAUGAUUGGGGGGCAUAUGGUCAGAUCUCUGCUGCCGCUAUUAAAGCAUGGAAAGCCCUUUCAAAGAAGGGCAAGGCCGGAGGACACCUGACAAAGAUUAUACAAGUCCCUCAGGAGCCAUUCUCAGAAUUUGUGGCCAGAAUGACAGAAGCAGCAGGUAGAAUAUUUGGAGAUCCAGAGCGAGUCAGGCCAAUGAUAGAACAGUUGGUAUAUGAAAAUGCUUCCCCAGAAUGUAAGACAGUCAUUACUCCUAGAAGGAACAAAAGGCUUACAGAUUGGAUAAAGAUCUGCCGAGGACUUGGAGGCCCACUUACCAAUGCUGGCCUUGCAGCGGCUAUCCUGCAGAGCAAGAGCCGCUCAGGUCCAGAAGGCAAUAAAACCUGCUAUAGUUGUGGCAAACCAGGCCAUUUGAAGUGAGAUUGCCGUGCUGCUGCACAAAAGAAAGUUCCAGGAUUGUGCCCCAAAUGUAGGAAGGGUAAUCAUUGGGCCAAUGAAUGUCAUUCAGUUAGGGAUACUCAGGGAAAACUUAUUCAGCAUGAAGCCCCCCCUAAUGAGAAGAAUGAGAAUAUUCCAAAAAACGGGUCGCAGGGCCCCAGGUCAGGGCCCCAAAGAUAUGGGACACAAGCAGGCAACAGGAGGGUCUAUCCAGCUGUAGAGCAACAAGAGGAUCAGCAGGAUUGGACCUCCGUUCCACCUCCCAGUUCUUAUUGA